AUGGAUCUGGAUCGUUUUAGUGUUGGUGGUCAUAGUUGUGACCUAAUCUGCAAGUUCAGUUCAACUGAGUGGACAAGGGAUCAUUUUGUUAAUCAUGUAGUCAGUGUAUUGGGAAGAUCGGAUGGAUCACAACAAAAGCAUUUAGUUGCUUCCAUCUGUGUUGUGGCAAUUUUUCUUGGUUUUCUGUAUGUGUAUGGUGGAUCCAUCUUUGGUUCUCUGAGUAGUGGUUCAUCUUCUCUUGAACAUGGCAUUUCAUUGAAAAGACUUGGCUCAUCAGAUUUAGUUGCAGAGGAUGACAAUGAUGGCAAGCAAGAUGAGUCUUCAUCAGGUUUCAAGGAAGGAGAAGGGGAGACCAAUAUUGUUCCAAAGAGUUUCCCUGUUUGUGAUGAUCGUCAUUCAGAGUUAAUUCCCUGCUUAGAUAGAAACCUUAUCUACCAAAUGAGGGUGAAGUUGGAACGUUCUGUGAUGGAGCACUAUGAAAGACAUUGUCCACCUGCAGAGCGGCGGUACAAUUGCUUAAUCCCUCCUCCACCAGGAUACAAGGUCCCUAUUAAGUGGCCACAAAGCAGAGAUGAGGUGUGGAAAGCAAAUAUCCCACAUACUCACCUUGCAGAGGAGAAGUCUGACCAGAAUUGGAUGGUUGUAAAAGGUGAAAAAAUAGUGUUUCCUGGAGGUGGGACUCAUUUUCACAAUGGAGCCGAUAAGUACAUUGCAUCAAUUGCAAAUAUGCUGAACUUUUCAAACAAUAAUCUAAACAAUGAAGGAAGAUUGCGGACAGUGCUUGAUGUUGGCUGUGGUGUUGCAAGUUUUGGAGCAUAUCUUCUAUCAUCAGAUAUCAUUGCAAUGUCCUUGGCACCAAAUGAUGUGCAUCAGAAUCAAAUUCAAUUUGCCCUAGAAAGAGGAAUUCCUGCAUAUCUUGGUGUCCUUGGAACUAAGAAACUCCCUUACCCAAGCAGAUCUUUUGAACUUGCUCAUUGUUCUCGUUGUCGAAUUGAUUGGCUUCAAAGAGAUGGAAUACUACUUCUAGAAAUAGAUCGAUUGCUCAGACCAGGAGGUUAUUUUGCAUACUCAUCUCCAGAGGCAUAUGCUCAGGAUGAAGAGGAUCUCAGGAUAUGGAAAGAAAUGAGUGACCUUGUGGAGCGUAUGUGUUGGAAAAUAGCAGCAAAGAGGAACCAAACUGUUGUCUGGCAAAAGCCUACGUUAAAUGACUGCUAUAUGGAAAGAGAACCUGGUACUCUCCCUUCUCUUUGCCAGUCUGAUGAUGACCCAGAUGCAGUUUGGGGAGUAAAUAUGGAAGCAUGCAUAACACCUUACAGUGACCAUGAUAACAGAGCCAAGGGUAGUGGUUUAGCUGCAUGGCCUGCAAGAUUGACUAGUCCUCCUCCUAGAUUAGCUGACUUUGGCUAUUCAAAUGAAAUGUUUGAAAAGGAUACGGAACAAUGGCAAAGGAGAGUUGAGAAGUACUGGGAUCUCUUGAGUCCAAAAAUUGCAUCAAACACGUUGAGGAAUAUUAUGGAUAUGAAGGCAAACAUGGGUUCAUUUGCAGCAGCUCUUAGAGACAAGAAUGUUUGGGUUAUGAAUGUAGUACCCCAUGAUGGACCAAACACACUUAAGAUCAUAUAUGACAGAGGCCUCAUUGGAACUAUUCAUGACUGGUGUGAAGCAUUCUCAACAUACCCCAGGACCUAUGAUUUACUUCAUGCAUGGACUGUCUUUUCUGACAUAGAAAAGAGAGAUUGCAGUCUUGAAGAUCUAUUAAUCGAGAUGGAUCGUGUGCUUCGGCCCACCGGUUUUGUGAUCAUCCGAGAUAAACAGCCAGUGAUUGAUUUUAUAAAGAAGUACGUAAGUGCUUUGCACUGGGAAGCAAGUUCUGACUCUGUCCAAGAUGGUAAUGAAGUUGUUCUUAUCUUCCAGAAGAAAAUGUGGCUGACUAGUGAAAGCUUUAGGGACACAGAAUAG